GCGCCCUCCCGCGGCCCGGAGGUCUCCGCUGGGGGACACCCGCUGCAGCGGCUGAUGGCAGCGCGGCCUCGGGCCAGGGAUUGAUGUUCACCCGGAGGGAGAGUGAAGGGGGCCCGGGGCCGGGGCCAUGAGUAAACAGGAGGAGGCGGACAGGACAAUCUUUGUGGGGAAUCUGGACAGCAGCACUCGGGAGGAGAUCCUGUUCGAGCUCUUUCUGCAGGCUGGGCCAUUGACCAAGGUGCACAUCGCUAAAGACAAAGAUGGCAGGCAGAAGACCUAUGGGUUCGUCUGCUUCAAGCACACAGAGUCUGUUCCAUAUGCCAUCACCUUGCUAAACGGAAUCAGAUUAUAUGGCAGACCACUGAAUCUGCAGUAUCGCUCUGGGAGCUCCCAUACAGUGGGGUUGGAAAACUCACCGUGCCGAGCACCACAAGAGAGCUUCAGGAACCCUCCAUUCCAAGACAGACCAGGUUCUUCGCUGUAUCCAACUCCGCCAUACUCCAUGAACAACCAUGUCAACCCUGACCCUUACUACUGGCAAACUAUGAUGAACACUUACGCCUUGCAGCAGUACCACAUCAAUUCUCAGAUGGUUCAGCAGCACCAAUAUUACCAAGCAAUGGCACAAGUGGGACUCCCAGCUCAGACGUCCCAUUUCGGUCCGACAUCAGACUAUAUGUCCCGGUCACAUCAGCCUGCAUGGGAAAAUUGUCUUCAGAGGGACCGAGUCCCUGAGAACUGCUCCAGCAGUGGUGGUGGAGGAGGACAAGCCAGGGAAUCAGACAGCGACAGUGACAACAGAAGCUUGGAGAAGCUCCAGACAACCAGCAAGCAGCGGGGUCAUCAGUAUAAAAAGCACAAAUCCAAAAAGAAAAAGUACUGAUAUGCAAGGUUUUGAGGGUAGGAUGAAACUAGGGGAGCUCAGAAUUGAGGCUCUGCCUUUAUCCGCUGGUACAGAUGUGUGAAAGACCUGACAGAAAUAAGACCAAUUUUGGAACACUUGACAAGAGACGUAUCUUGACAAAUUUUCAGGUGACAAGUUGGAUGGUAAGCUCAAAUCCACAGCCUGAUGUAAGAUUAAGUAGUUGGAGACUGUGGCUUUGAGAAUACUGGUGUCACAAAGAUGGACUAGUGAUGAUAGUGUUAUCACAGGGAGCUGAGUCAUGUAUUUGUUUAUGGGCGUCUGAAACAUUUCAUGAACUCUCCACUCAUACUGUGAAAUACUUAUAAUGUCACUGCAAAAUUAGGGUGUAUCUGGAGAGAAGGUUUAGAACUUCUUGCAACUGGAGUACCUUUCUGCUGGUUCCACCUCUUCACACCAGCAACAUUGUGAAUGGGAGCAAUUUGAACUGAUGAACUUACGUGCAUUAGGUCACUUUAUACUUCAUUGGUUUUGGUUCUGACUGAAUGAUACGUACCUAGCUCUUGCACUUGGGAACACUAUGGUAGACUUACCCAAACCCAUGCUAUUAGUGGGGAACUGUGUUUGAGGGUGGCAUGGUUGAGUGGAGUGGUGGUACUCCAGGCCGCACUGCCUUCUACUGCUUGUUCCUGCUGUGGAGGUGGGAAUACCAAUAAAUUCAUAGCUGGCUAAUUCAUUGUCUCUUUUGCACAUUAAAUGCU